UCCUAUGCCCAGAGCUCUUUCAACUCCUUGAUUCCGCCGCCUUCUCGUCAACGCGCAUAUGAUGCAGCAUCAUCAUUUGCCUCCACUCAACCCAUACUUUUCGUACCACUCUUUGCGCUUCUCCCCCUUAUGCUAUUCUUCUCCUUUGCGUUGUCAACCAUUCUCCUGGCUCUUUCUGCCGCGUUUGCUUUUGCUUUUUUCUGGAUCGGCAUUGCGUGCCUCUUCUUGAUUCCGACACUGUUCAUUACGGCAUCUCUCGCGGUACUGUGCUGGGGAACGUCAGUUGGGAGCUUUGUUGUUGCUAGAAAACUGUACCACUAUGCGCCAGCAGCGAUUCACUACGAAAAG